UAGGCACACAUCUGAAAGCGAACCUCAGUCAGAGUUUGAAACGCAAAACACAAAAUGCUAUCGAAAUCUCAACAACUAUUGCUCGUGCUCGGUUUCUGUUUGGGCGUGGCUAGCGCGGAUGUAGACUGCAGCAAGAGGCCCACUUUUGUGGAUCCCCACACCUGUUGUCCGCUCCCAGAAUUUAUCUCAGACGACCUCAAGGAGAAAUGCCAGGAGUACAAUGUAACAAUGCCACCACCGCCAGCGAUGUCUGGAGAGCAGAACGGAGAGGGCAGACGUCAUCAUCCUCACCACCACAACCAUCCAUCUCCAUGCUUCAUGUCUUGCGUCUUCAACGAGACCGGAAUUUACGAGGACGACAAAGUUGAUUCGGAUAAGCUGAAGGACUACCUUCAAGUGGUCUUCAAGGAUGAUUCCGAUCUGCAGACUUUGGCCACCGAUGCGUUCACCACUUGUGCCACCAAAAUUGAGGAGUUCAAAAGCAAGAUGGGAAAUCGUCCACCACCUCCUCCCCCAACUGGUCUUCCUUUCUGCCCAAUGAAGCCGGCCUUCCUGAUGGGCUGCGUGUACAAGAAGAUGUUCAAGGACUGUCCUGCUGCUAUUUGGACUGAUACCCAGGAGUGCAACGAUGCUCGUGAGCACUUUGAAAACUGCAAGCCACCACAUCGUCGUUCUCCCAACUCCCAGUAAAAGAGUUUUCAGUCAACCUUCUUCCAAAUAUUUCCUAAACAAAAUACCUCAUUUUCAAUAUGCAAAAUUUGUAACUGCUCCAAUAACAUAAAUAAAGAUUUUACCUCGGAAUAUUUUCAA